AAACAAAUAUAUUUCAUCAUAAUCUUUCAUAUUCUCCAAAUCCCAUUCACUGUCUUCCAUCCAACAUUUAAAAAAUUCAAGAUUCCAAAAGCAUUUCCUCACUCCACCAGCCAAUUUCAUGACAGAAAAGGCAAGCUUUAAACACCUCAAGAAAUUAUUGCCAACUUCUUACCCUUGAGAGUCUUACAUUCCAUUUCUAACCCUAUAAUUUCUUGCACAAACAUUAAUUAUUAGAUAUAUACAUGCAGUUCUACUGCAUGGUGAUGAGGAUCAACAUUGAUUGUAAUGGCUGUUACAGAAAAGUAAGAAGAGCCAUUCUUGAUAUGCAAGAGUUGGAGACACAUUUGAUAGAGAAGAAGCAAAGUAGGGUAAGUGUGUACGGCAAAUUCAUCCCACAAGAUGUGGCAAUCAACAUUAGGAAGAAGACUAAGCGCAGAGUCGAGAUAUUAGACAUACAAGAGUUGAUUCCUCAUGAUGAAAAUCAAGAACAAAAGACCUUAGUCAGUUCAGCUUCUUUGAAUCUUCCACCAAACCAAAACUAGAUAGCAACUUGUGUAACAUGAGAAGAUCUGAAGAUGUAGAGAAGUGCGUUCUUAAAAUCGUCGAAUAAAAGUAUUUACUCUUAUAAGUUAUAAGCAUAGGCUUAUUUGAGAAGGGGUCCAUACAAACAGAAAUGAAUCAUCUGCUAGAUGAUGUAGGUAAGAAAGAAAACUUAUCAUCAUCCAAUAAUAGGAAAAGGAUCCAGCAUAGCCUCCUUGCUCAAUUCAUGGGUAUGGGAGAAAUCGAGUUUUAGCAAGUAAGUACACGUCUGCAACUCCUCCAGAAAGAGAGAACAUACUCGAUGAAUUCAAGAAGAGAGUGGAGGAGGUGCCUGACGGUUGAAGAAGAGUCUUGUAGAAACUUUACAAUACGUAUUGUUGUAUUACUGACUAAUUUUCUACUACCUUUAAGAAAAUAGAUGCAAAGCAGUGAUUCCAGAGUAAA